UCAAAGAAUGCAAAGCGGUGUAGAUGUAGUGUGUAUUUUCGGUUCAUGGAUGGUAUAUAGAGUGAGUCGACGACAGCUGAUUCAACGCACUGCGACGUUGUUUAUACUUAGGUAGCGCAAGUGCAAAGUUGAAAUAAAGACGAAAACAUGAUUUUUUAACGGCCCGUCCGGGGUUGUCGUUAUUGCCGUUGUCUUGUGGCUCUAAGUUUUUAAACGCAAUUUUCGCAAAAUGGGGUGCUGCUACAGUCUGUGCAAGGAGGACAAUAGCCAGCAGGGUGGCGAAGUGAAUGAACGUACACAUUUACUCGUUGAUCCUGUCAGUAACAACACCAACAUACCCAGAGUUCAUAGCGAUGACUAUGUAAGUCAAUAUGCUAGUUCAGUACCAAAAAAGACAGAUGAGCAAAGCGCACUUAAUCGAAUUCUUCAUGAGACUGCAGCAAAUAUAAUAGAUGUAGGAGCAUUAGAUUCUCAUAAUUUGGAACAGCAUGAAUAUUUGGAAAGAUCAAGAGCAUAUGCAAAACGAAUAGAGACUGUGGGAAUCAAAGUACCAGAUGUCUCAUAUUGCCUAUUAAGAGAUAUACCAGCUCCAGAGCGAGUUCUGUCAUCAGAACCGAUAACUCAGAGUGAUAAGGCACUUAUUACAGACUUUAUGCAGAAAUCUGUGAUGGCGUUAGGCGAAGUUCAAGUUGAGCACAAAGAGGACCUAGUGGUUCCAUUUCUAUCGUGAUCAUCGUGUUCACCAUCGAAUUCCCGCGGCGGAUUAUCACGCGCUACAUCAACUCAAUUCUUAGCGAGACAAGAAGAGUUAAUGGGAAUUUGGGUGCAGUCAUACUUUACCGACUAAGGCAGUAAAAAUGACAAAUUAUAACUUUUCUCUGUUUGUUUAUCCUUUUAUUUUCCAAAAUUUACUGUACAUUGUAUAUUAAUCGUAGUACUGUAGUCAGGUUGAGAAGCUGAAUCACAUUCAAAAUUAUCUCAGUCAUAUUUUAGAGAUGCUAAUUCUUUUACAAUGUUAUAAAAUGUUUGCAACAUAAUAUAUUCCACUGUAGCAAACUUUUACAUGUAAAUAUGUAGUUAAUAACAUCUGUAUGAAAUAAUUUUUAUUUUUGAGAAAAGUUAAUUAGCAUAUAAAAAAUCAUAGUUUUUUUUCUAUCGUUUUCACCUCGAAAACUUUACUUUUCUCAAACAUUAAAGACUUUACUACGAUAAUGAUUUUGAAAAAUAAAUGUAUUUAAAGUUGUAGUAUUGGUACGAAACUUUACAAGCUUUGUAAUACUCCACGGAUAAAUAAUAUACAGUCAGUAAAUUUUGUGAAUGAAAGAUCAUUUUUGUAUAAAAGAAAAUGCGAGACGUUCACAAGACGUAAUAUAAUGAAUUUUAGAAAGGUCUCGCAUUAUGUCAAGUAUUAAAUCGUUUUGGCUAAAAAUUUCACGAAAUCAUUUCUUUUACACGUGUCUUUAAUUUUUCUAAAUUAAUAUUAAAGCAAUUGUAAAAUGAUGCAUCGGUGUGCAUAUAAUUUCAAGCGAAUUGCCAAUAGACGCAAUGCGCUAGUAAUAACUACUGGGCAAUGCCGAGGAAAAGCUUUCUCGUCAAGGAGAUACUUUAAUCAUUGUUUAUACCACUCUAACCUCAAAAUUACAACAUUAAUGUGAAUUUUCUACUCUCGUGGUAUAAAAUAUCGUAUGUAACUUGUACAUAAAGACUGCAUUUUCAAAACUCGUUACAGCGUAACUCUCGUUUUGAAAAUGCAGUCUUUCUGUACCCGUUGCAUAAUAUACUAUUUCUUUUUGUGAUUUACACGAGCGCACGUUUGUUUGUUCUAUAAAUUUUUUUCUAAUCUAAGUUGAUUUUAAUGAAGACUAUUUAUAUGUAAUUCAUUACGAAAUACAUCUGAGUAGCGUUAUACUAUUUUUUUUUCAAAGUAAAUGUAAGGAAAAAAUUACUUGAUUGUAAAAAGUUAAAUACUAUAAAGUUUCUAUGUGAAUGUAUGAUAGUACAUAACGUGUACAUCUUUAAUAAUUGUAAAAUAAAUUAUACCAAACUGAAAUCUA